UGAAUUGUGCCGCGGACACGCUGAUUGGCUGACGCUGGUGAUCGUCACUUUCUACAGAACAAGCAGAGCGCAACACACCCGCCCAGUGUCCCCGGGAUGAGAGAGGACGGCUGUUUCGUUAGAAAAAGAACAGGGAAAUGAAGUUGUCAGACAGGCUAGCCCAGCAGCUCUCCCCGUUCGACUCGGCCCCGUUCAAGUUCAGAAGGCAGCUUUAGGUGAGAAAAUCAGCGCUAUGACCGUCAGUUAGAGAAUGUCACUCAGCUACGGGACUAUCAGAUAACGUUCCCACAGUUUAGAGUAACGACACACAGUGAAGAAAGUGGAGGCAACUUGCUAUCUCGCUAACUAACCUCUAGCGGUCGACUGUCUUUCGGUUUCAGGGCGACACCGCAUUUGGAUUGGAUUACCUGUCUUCAGUCAUGCCUUUUCCUUUCGGGAAGUCCCAGAAGAAUCCAGCUGAAAUAGUCAGGAGUUUGAAGGAGAAUGUUGCACAUAUGGAGAAGUUGGACGCCGCAGACAGCAAAAAGUGUGAAAAGGUUGCUGAAGAAGUGUCCAAAAACCUUGCUUCCCUGAAGGAGGUGCUGAGUGGGACCGGGGACAAGGAGCCUCAAACUGAAGCUGUGGCCCAGCUGGCGCAAGAAUUAUACAACACCAACCUUCUCAUCGCACUCAUCGCAAACCUGCAGAAGAUUGAUUUUGAGGGCAAGAAGGAUGUGGUCCAUUUGUUCAGCAAUAUUGUGAGACGUCAGAUUGGCAGCCGCACACCCACCGUCGAAUACAUCUCCACGCACCCAGAAAUCCUCUUCAUGCUUCUGAAAGGAUACGAGAGCCCAGAAGUGGCUCUGAACUGCGGCAUGAUGUUGAGAGAGUGUCUGCGUCACGAGCCGCUGGCCAGGUCGGUGCUCUUCUCAGAGGAUUUCUACUGCUUCUUCCAUUACGUGGAGCUCUCCACCUUCGACAUCGCCUCAGACGCCUUCGCCUCUUUCAAAGAUCUUCUCACAAGACACAAGAUGAUGUGUGCGGAUUUUCUGGAGAACAACUAUGACAGGGUGUUCACAGAGUACGAAAAACUGCUGCAUUCUGAUAACUACGUCACCAAGCGGCAGUCUUUAAAGCUCCUCGGGGAACUCCUGCUGGAUAGACACAACUUCACUGUCAUGACAAAUUACAUCAGUCGAGCAGAGAACUUGAAGCUGAUGAUGAACCUCCUACGAGACAACAGCCGCAACAUCCAGUUUGAAGCAUUCCACGUCUUUAAGGUUUUUGUUGCAAACCCAAACAAGACGCAGCCAGUACUUGACAUCCUGCUGAAGAACCAGGCCAAGCUGGUGGACUUCCUGAGCCACUUCCAGACAGACCGGUCCGAAGACGAGCAGUUCUGCGACGAGAAGAACUACCUGAUCAAGCAGAUCCGCGACCUGAAGAGACCCACCGCGUCCGAGGAGUCCUAGAACCGGAGAGGAACGUGUCGUUCCCCUCCGGCGGUAGCGUUGUAGAGGUGGUGACUGGAGCCACUGGAGGGCUGAGUGAGUCGAAAGUGAAAGAACACAAACCUUUUUAAAAAUAUAAUUUCAAAUAUAAAAACAUAGGAAAAGAUGAUUGGAUUUCUCUUUUUUUCUGGCUUAGCGUGAAUACGGGGGGUGAGUCCAUACGUCACCCCUGUGGGCCGAGAACUGUUAUUUAAACCACAGUGCUUCUUAUUUAGUGACAGAGGAAUGCCUUUACUCUGCUUGUGCAAUGUUGGAUCUCAAACUGUUACUCCUUCACGUAGAUUGUUGCUAAAAACUUCCCAACAUUUUCACGGGCUCUAGAGAUGUUCUCAUACAGCAAAUUUCCUUAACGUGUCUAUAUUAUAAAGAUAUUGAAAUGCUGAGAGGUGAAAUAUAUUAUUUUUCUAAUGUAACUGCUUCCUCUAAGUGAUCCAGUUUGCUUUAUUAUUUGCAUUAUUGUACAUUUUCUCUGUCUGUCUGUGUGGGAGUGAAACGAUUGUUUUGAAAUGCGGCCGUGGCAGAGUGGCAUGUGUCUCUCUUUGUUGGCAGGGUCGGCAGCCAGGGUCUUUGGUUGCUUUUGCGCGUCUGGCAGCAGUGCUGUAUUUGUCUAUGCAGGGAGCGCCAGUCAAAAGCAACGAGGAAUCGAUCAAAUCUGUUGCGGGUUUUUAUUCUCUUUUAUUAUUAUUAUUCGGAGGUUGCGUCUGGCAACGCUUACAUGACUGAAAUAGAAACACAGAAUCAAAUAACGCUGCAGGGUUCUCAGCCAGACGAUUGAUCUCGCAGAAAGCGCUCCGUGUCAUUUCCACAUGCAGAAUACUCAAAGUACUAAAUUAAUAAAGCUUGAGAACUAAUAACAGCUGUUCGCGCAGUAAUGGGUGCACUUAUGGCUGCAGCCCCAACUGGACAAACAGUUUGGUUUUUAGUUUUUGUUGAUCUAAAUCUGUUUAGAGAUGCAUCGAUUAGAGUCCGGUGGCCAGUUCCCAUUUCAUGACACCAAUUCUUUCCUGUAAUAUUAUUUCAAAAUGAAUAACAUCAGUGUCCAACUUAAUACUUCAGAAGAAAAUGCAUAUUUUCUGUUAUCUGGUGUUUUGUUAAGCCAUUGAUUUAUUUAUUGCCUUAAACAGCCUUUCUGUGAUCACUCAUUAACUAUUUAUUUUAGAACCAGAGGUGACGUCACACUGUGUGAGGGAGUGCGAUGUUGUUGUUGUUGUUGCACAGCUCUGCAGUUGAGCAGAAUUUUAAUGUCACUUCAAACCAAAGACAAAAUGAUGACAGGUAACGUUUGAAACUCUUUGGAUUACCACAGUUAGCAUUGCUAACAGCAGUCCCUGUGUGUAUUUCUACGGUCAGUAAAACUUUACCUUCACUCUAAUAUUUCCAAAGACUUGCAUUUCAUUUUCAGAACGUUCCAUGACUAACAGAGUUAGAGUAAACAGAGCCUUCCUGUUAUUCCCUUGUUUAAACAACUCCCUGCCGUCACAGCUGACGUCUCUAAAAAAUACCUUUCUUUCUGGAACCGCCUUAAAGCUUUUCUUCCUUCUACUGAUGGCGUGUUUAAAUCCUUUUGAUUCAGUAACAAUAUCCAGCGAACUCAUAUGUGAUGUGUUCACUGAUCAAAAACUUAAAAAAACAACAACAAAAAAACGGUGCAGCGUAAAAUCGUCCUAUUCAGGCCACCAACUGCUGUCUCAGUGCAUCUCUGCUUAUGGUGAAUAAUUUAAAUAGACUUUUAAUAUGUUUGAAGUUAUAAUAAUACUGGGGUAGGUCAGACGUCACGACACGGUAAAAUUAGGACAGUUUGCUGAAAGACAGUUUGAAGAACGUAGCCCGCCUGAGUCUUCGGGCGGCGUUGGGGAUCAGUGCUGGUUUUACUGCUAAUGUGCAUCAAAUAUUUCUGCUAGAACGAUUCAUCUUAAACCUUUUCUCCUUGCCAUUGCCAUUAAAAAGCUGAAAGUCAAGAAAUCACCAUUUGAAAAUGGUCAUCUACCACCUUACUAGAACAUUUUAAGAAGACAGCACAUUUAAGCAUUUUUGUGCCGCUUUAAUUUCUCAGUGGAAAAGGAAGUUUUUGAUAUUUCUCUGGUUGGUGUAGCUCUUGUAAAUUCAUAGUGAAUUGCAUUGUGCCACCGUGUGAUGGAUGGUGCCUUAUUUAAAGAUGUAUAACUGAUGGUUAAGGUUGCAUAAGACUCUGGGCCUCUGAUCAUGCUUAUAAGCCAAAGUCACAAUGACGGGAGAUGUCGUUUUGUAAUUUUCUGAAAGUAAAGCAGAAAUCUCUUUAAAAGAAUAAUUUGUAACUCCCCAACGUGAAGCACAAUUCUGUUAACUAUCAUGGGGACAAAAAAAAAGCCAAAAAUGUUUCAUGAGGUUAAAUUUACAUCCCCAUGAGUUCAAACAUCUUGCUGUGUUUAGGAGUACUAAAACUGGCUUCUAACAAAAGUAAAUUAGACUUCAAUUUAACUUAUAUUUUAAACACAUUUAUGUUUUAUUUGCCGAUCAUGUAAAUAUAAAAUCCUUAAGUUUUUUUUGUUUUUUGUUUAGAUUUAAGUCCAGGCAUGACAUGCACUUUGAAGAAAGGAAAAAAAAGGUGUGUUGUUCACAGCUAUUCCCACCAGGAGGAGCUGUAGGCAACAGCUGGGCACCUUGCUUAAAGUUGUACAAGCGCAGCAUUUCUAGUUUCUGGAACCCUACCUCUUAUAGGGAGAUAACACAGGACUGUGUAAGAGAGAGACUGUCUUCACUUUAUAUUUUGCUGAUGAACUGAAGCAUGCAAAAUUAAUGGAACUGCAACAGAUGAGGCAAAAUCAGAGUUUGUGUUAUUAAAGGUAGUCUAUGCCAUGACUAACUGAGGUCUUACUGUUAGGCCCCCCUGUUAUUUCUUCAGGAAUACACAUGUAAGUGUUGAGUUCCUGGUCUGUGUCAAGAGUCUCCCACUUUGAUAUUGAAAAACAAGGACCUGAAAAUUGAAUAAAUUAAACGACAGAUUGGCCUGAACUUAAUGUGUUUUUUUUAAUGUUGAAGAGUUCAGAGAUGAUUAUUGGGUUAAGAAAAGUGACAAAUCGUUUUCUAAAAAUGGUCAGACGAAAACAAAAGAUUGAACCCACUUCAAUCCUUGGACCCACUUUAAACUUGCAGCAUGCGAGUCUUUGAAAGCAAAUUCUAACACACGACUCAAGACUUUUGCACAGUCCUGUACAUCUCUGGCAAUACCAUGUAUACAUCAAAUUUAAUUAUUAAAGAUCAAUAGUAUAUAUUCCUUGAUUAUUUUUUUUUAAAGUUUUUUUUUGUUGUUGUUUUGUUUCCUUUUUCUUAUGCUUUUUAGUUUUUCAAUAUUUUGCUACCUUCUCUUUUUCACCCCUUACUUUUUCCACACUGGAUAUUUUAUUUACCGUGGGAGCAAAUUAAGUGUACAUAACAUUACAAAGGAUAAUUGAAGUGUGAACGCAUUUAUGAAAAUAAAGUGUUUUGGCGA